CAUGGCGACCCGAACGAUGGACGAACGAGAGGUGCCCAGUGGCUCGGGGGAUCUCGACCCGCGUCUACAGCAAGCCAACGCCUUCUUACCCGUGCAACUCGUGCCCUCGCGACGCGGAGGCUUCAAGGCUAAGUACGGUGGCUUCAUGUUUAACAUGGAAACGAGCAGAGGCAGUCGCCGCCACUGGCACUGCGAAGUGCGAGGCUGCAAGUCUCGGCUCACGACGGACGACUACGGCGGCGAUCACGUAGUGUUCAAGCUUACGGCGCACAACGAAGACGUUCAUGAGCGGGCGGCCGGCGAAAAGAAACGACGGCGUAGCGAAGCCGCCUUCAGGCAACAGCCCACCAGGAAGAUCAGGCGACUUCAGCUACAUCUUGGAAGACCACAUCGACGACCAGUACUGCUGGCGCUGCAAGUACGUGCAGUGCAAAGGAAAAUGCCGCACCGAUAUCGAUGGCCACCUGGUAUUCGGGCUGACGAAGCACACGUGCAUUCAGCUUGCAAACAAGUACCAGCUCGCCUCGUGACCAACCUCUCUCGAGUCAACACACGCCUGCAAGUCCACGAAAAGGUGUGGCAGAUACCAGCACUGAUGCUAACGCGCAUCAAAGGCAACAGGCACGUGGAAAAUGCGGAUAUCAGCGAAGACAGCUGUGGCAGCCAGGGACGGAAAAGCGCACAGGGACUACCUCCUCGAAAGAAAGUCAGGAAGCUUGACUCAUCUGAGAGCGAUGACGAGGAUGACGAAAGCUCGAGAAGAGGUGACGACGAAGAAGACGAAGGGAAAGUCGCCAGGUUCGCGAUCGAGCGGCGGUGGUAG